AUGUCUUCACAUACAGCAUCGCAGCGCUACCUGAGCACCCGUGGUGGCUCCUACGACUUCUCAUUUGAGGAUGUUGUUCUCAAGGGCCUCGCUGCAGACGGCGGUCUGUUCAUCCCUGAAGAGAUCCCAACGCUUCCCGAAGACUGGGCGUCCAAAUGGAAAGAUCUCUCCUUCGAAGACCUCGCCUUUGAAAUCUUCUCCCUCUACAUCUCCCCCUCAGAGAUCCCCUCCGCAGACCUGAAAGACAUCAUCCGCCGCAGCUACUCCACGUUCCGCGCAAAAGACGUCGUCCCAACAGUCACACUCGACAAGGAGAAGAACAUACAUUUGCUUGAGUUGUUCCACGGGCCUACAUUCGCCUUCAAGGAUGUUGCUCUGCAGUUUCUCGGUAAUCUGUUCGAAUACUUCCUCGUGCGCAAGAACCAGGGCAAGGAGGGCCGCGAUAGGGAACAUCUGACGGUCAUUGGCGCUACAAGUGGUGACACUGGUUCAGCCGCCAUCUACGGUCUGCGUGGAAAGAAGGAUGUAUCCGUCUUCAUCAUGUUCCCGCAUGGCAAGGUCAGCCCUAUCCAGGAAGCACAGAUGACGACCGUCAUUGACGCCAAUGUUCACAAUUUGGCCGUAGACGGCACUUUCGAUGAUUGCCAGGACUUUGUAAAGGCCCUCUUCGCCGACCCAGAAAUCAACAAGACGCACCGCCUCGCCGCUGUAAACUCCAUCAACUGGGCCCGCAUUCUUGCGCAAAUCACCUACUACUUCUACGCCUACUUUGACCUCAUCAAGAAACCCUCCUUCCUCCCCGCCUCCACCGUCCGCUUCGUUGUACCAACCGGCAACUUUGGCGACAUUCUCGCUGGCUUCUUCGCGAAGCGCAUGGGCCUGCCUGCUGAAAAGCUCGUUAUCGCAACCAACGAGAACGAUAUCCUACACCGUUUCUGGGAAACCGGAAAGUACGAGAAGCACCCUGUGCACGGCAAGGAGGCCGAGGGCGGCAUCCCAGCAGACGGUGCGAAGGCGCACGAAGGCGGAGUCAAGGAGACGCUGAGCCCAGCCAUGGACAUUCUCGUCUCAUCAAACUUUGAGCGUCUGCUGUGGUUCCUCUCGUACGAUGUCUACAGCACAAACUCGGAUGCUGUAUCGCAAAGGAGAAGUCAAGCAGGCGAUCAUGUACGGAAUUGGCUCAACGAGCUCAAGUCUCAGGAUGGUUUUGCAGUAGACAAGCAGAUUCUAGAGGCUGCCAAGGCUGACUUUUCCUCGUACCGUGUUAGCGAUGAGGAGACCAUUGAGACCAUCAAGUACGUCUUUAACGCGGAGUCGUCUAAGAACUACGUCCUUGAUCCCCACUCGGCUAUUGGUAUUGCGGCGACGCUGCGCUCGGUACAAGUGUCGAAGCCUCCUAGCACACACCACAUCGCGCUUGCGACUGCGCACCCGGCCAAGUUUGCCAAUGCGGUUGAGCUCGCACUGCCGGAUCAGAAGGAGUACUUCCAGGCCAAGGUACUGCCGGAUGAGUUUAAGGGACUUGAAGACAAGCCCAGGCGAGUCAGCCAUGUCAAGAAGGCUGAAGGGUGGCAAGGCGUACGCAAGGUUGUUAUUGCAGAAGUAGAGGCGGAGCGACGGGCUGCUGAGGGCGUGUAG